AUGGCUGAUAUAUUAGAUAGAGGAGCAAAAUUAUUUGAUCCAAAUGAACCAGCAUAUAAUCAUGCAACAGACAACCAGUAUAAACAAUUAAGAUCAAAAGCUGAUCAUUUAUAUCAAAAAAGAAAUCAAUUAAGUCAACAAUCUCAACAAGCAUAUCAACAAGGAAAUAAACAAAAAGCUCAUGAAUUAAGUGAACAAUCAAAAUCAGCACUAACAGAAGCUGAAAAUUAUAGUCAACAAGCUGCUGAAUAUGUAUUUAGAGAAAAUAAUACUGAUUCAGCAUCUGAUGAAAUUGAUUUACAUGGAUUAUAUGUUAAAGAAGCAGAAUGGAUAGUUAAAAAAAGAAUUGAACAAUGUUUAAAUACAAAUCAACUGCAUUUAAAAGUUAUAGUUGGUAAAGGUUUACAUUCAAAUAAUGGUAUAUCAAAAUUAAAACCAGCAAUUGAUAAAUUAUGUAAUGAAUCUAAUUUAAAACAUUAUAUAGAUUCUAAAAAUUCAGGUGUUUUGGUAAUUGAUUUUCAAAAUUCAGGAAAUUCUCAAAUUCCUUCACAUUGGAAUUCAGGUGGAAUAUCUCAACCUCAACAAGCUUAUCAUGGUUCUAAUCAACCUUAUUAUGGUCAACAACAACAAUCACAUGCCAAUAAUCAAUAUCAACAACAACAACAUCACAACAACAAUAACAAUAAUAAUAAUAACAUUAAGACUGGUAAUCAAUUUCUCGAUUUGCUUAUUAAAGGUGUAUGUAUGUGUAUGAAUAGUAAGUAG